AUGAAGUUUUCUCAUUCGUUACAGUUUAAUGCUGUUCCAGAAUGGUCUUCCAAAUAUAUUGCUUAUACCACUUUAAAGAAAUUAAUUUAUUCCUUACAAAGAGAUAAUUUAAGACGUCGUCAUCAAAGAGUAGCAUCAAAUGAUUUAGAAUUAGGUGAAGUUGAUGAAUUAAUCACAUCGGCAAAUUAUGCAUCUACCGGGAAUCUUGAUGAUGAUUUUAGUCCUAGUAAAGUGUUUAUAACUGCUUUAGAUUCUGAAUUAAAAAAAAUUGAUGAUUUUUAUCAAUUUCAAGAAUCAUUUAUAUUUAAAAGUAUUGAUGAAAUCAUUAUUGAUAUAGAAAAUUUCGAAAGAGAAGUUGAUACUUCAACUAUCUUAGGUUUAAAAGCUAAUAACGAUUUAAAAUCAGGUCUUCGUCCUAGAGCUUUAUCCGAUAUUUCUGAUGUCAAUUAUAUAACUGCUACUGACCCUGAUACUGAAUUUACUCAAGCAGAAGAUUUCGAUGAUGAUGAUGAUGACGAUGAUGAUGAUGAUGGACCAAAUAAUGGAUUAGUUAAUUAUUCCGUUCAUAUUAAAUCAAUUGAUGAUUAUCUUAAAUCUCCUAAAUCUCAAAUUUGGAAUAAUCUCAAUGAAUCAUUAUCAUCAAAUUUACCUCCUCAAUUAAUUUUAUUAUCAGAAUCAAGAAUCUUAUUAAGAAAAAGAAUUAUUGGAUUAUAUACUACCUUAUCAGAAUUAAAAUCAUAUAUUGAUUUAAAUCAAACUGGAUUUAAAAAAGCAGCCAAGAAAUUCGAUAAAUCUUUAAAUACCAAUAUUAAAGAUGAUUAUCUUGAUAAUUUACCUUCCAAAUCAUAUAUUUUCCAACCUACCACCAUUCAAAAAGUUGAUGAUAGAUUACAUUCUUUAAUUCAAUUAUAUGCCUUGAUUUGUAAUCAUGGUGAUGAUUUAGAAGUGGCCAAAUCAGAAUUAUCCAUUCAUUUAAGAGAACAUGUGGUAUGGGAAAGAAAUACCAUUUGGAGAGAUAUGAUUGGAUUAGAAAGAAAAGGGUAUGCUGCUAAUAAUCGAAAUGAAAAAAUAAAUGAUAAUGAUAAUAAUAAAACGAUAAGUAAUAAUCAAUCUAUAAAAAAUUUUAAUAUUUCAAUCACUAAUCCUAUAAUUUUAAAAUUAAUUAUCGUUUCUACAAUUACCUUAAUUUUAUUAAAUUUCUCCCCUUUUAGUGAUGACGCUCAAAAACAUUGUUUUGCAUUAUUAAUCUGUGCUUCAUUAUUAUGGGCCACUGAAGCCAUUCCAUUAUUUGUAACUUCGUUAUUGAUUCCAUUAUUGAUUGUUAGUUUGAACGUAUUAAAGAAUGAUGAUGGAUCAUUAAUGAAUUCAGUCGAUGCAUCAAAAUUCAUUUUAUCAACCAUGUGGAAUUCCGUUAUUUUAUUAUUAUUAGGAGGAUUCACUUUAGCAGCUGCAUUAUCGAAAUAUCAUAUUGCGAAAUUAAUUUCAACUUGGAUUUUAUCAAAAGCAGGAACAAAUCCAUCAGUAGUAUUAUUAACUAUCAUGGCGGUAGCAUUAUUUGCCUCAAUGUGGGUUUCAAAUGUUGCUGCCCCUGUAUUAUGUUUUUCAUUAAUUCAACCCUUAUUAAGAACUUUACCAAAAGGAUCUAAAUUCAUUAAUGCUUUAAUUUUAGGAAUUGCCUUAGCUUCCAAUGUUGGAGGUAUGGCAUCUCCAAUUGCAUCACCUCAAAAUAUGAUUGCUAUUGGUGCCAUGGAUCCUCAACCAAGUUGGGGUCAAUGGUUUGUGAUUGCAUUACCAGUCUGUGUAUUAUCAUUAUUAUUCAUUUGGUUAUUUUUAUUGAUUACGUUCAAUUGUAAUACGAGAAAUACUCAUUUAGUCCCUAUUAGAACCAUUGAUGAUAAAUUCACUGGUAUUCAAUGGUAUAUUAUCUUUGUUUCAACCUUUACAAUUUUCCUUUGGUGUAUUGCUUCAAGAUUAACGGGUAUAUUUGGUGAAAUGGGUAUUAUUGCCUUAUUACCCAUUAUAUUAUUUUUCGGAUCAGGAUUAUUAACUACUGAAGAUUUUAAUAAUUAUCCUUGGAAUAUUGUGGUGUUAGCUAUGGGAGGUACUGCUUUAGGUAAAGCGGUUGCCUCAUCAGGAUUAUUAUCCACUAUAGCAGUUACGAUUCAACAUGAAGUGGAAGGAUUUUCGUUAUUUGGAGUUACAUUAACAUUUGGAUUAUUGAUUUUAACCAUGGCAACAUUUGUAAGUCAUACUGUUGCAGCAUUAAUUAUUAUUCCAUUAGUUAGUGAAAUUGGGAAUAAUAUGGCUGAACCUCAUCCAAGAUUAUUAAUUAUGGCCAGUGCUAUGUUAUGUUCAGCAGCUAUGGGUUUACCAACUUCAGGAUUCCCUAAUGUUACUGCCAUUUGUAUGACUGAUGAAUUUGGUAAACCUUAUUUAACCGUUGGUACAUUUAUAACUAGAGGAGUUCCAAGUUCAAUUAUCGCUUAUGUUAUAAUUGUUACCAUUGGUUACGCUACCAUGAAGUUGAUUAAUUUUUAAAAUCCAAUUACUCUAAUUCUACUUUAUUCAUACCCUGAUAUUUCAAUCAGUAAUAUCAUUAUUACUACUACACACAUAUCUACACUUAUACCUAUACAUAUACAUACAAGUACACUUUUUUUUUUGGUUAUAAUAUAUAAUAAAUACUAAUAAAUAAUUUACCCU